UUGAUAGUGGACCCGCCACAACAUAUAUGCAGGAUGUAGUGUUCUUCCUGCAUUCCUGAAGCAUGGCGGGCGUGUUGAGGCCGUCAGUCGGCGAAGUGUCGUCAACGAGGAAGUCAAGUGUGUGAGUGGAGGUGUGGCGACGACGCGCAGGUGGACAACUUUAGUUUAGUCUGACGGGGAGAUAGUUCCUGCGACUAUGACAGUUAGUUGCUGUCCUCCAGCCUGAUAGUAUGAACGCUCCACUUCUGUGCUGGAUUCUUCUCCUAAAUGCCUCCUUCGCGCUCUCAGACAGCCAUGCUCCUGUCUUUGGAGAGGGGGAGCACUAUGAGAUCGUUAGACCUAUUAGACUUCACUCCGUCCAAAGACGACACACAGAGCACUUCAGGCCAGAGACUCUAAAGUAUGCCAUGACAGUUGGAGGAUUAGACCUGGAAAUGCAUUUGCAAAAAAACAUUGACUUAAUCACCAAAGACUACACAGAGACUUAUUAUCAAGAAGAUGGAACACGAGCCACCACAGCUCCAAAAGACAUUGAUCAUUGCUACUAUCAUGGCAAGAUUGUGAACGACAGUGAAUCCUCAGUUAGCAUCAGCACUUGUGAUGGACUCAGGGGUUAUUUUCGGACAUCCGCACAGAGGUACAUGAUUGACCCCCUUUCUGGUGAUGAUGAGGGGGAUCAUGCUGUGAUGGAGUUCAAUGAAACUGAAUAUACACCUGCAGUGUGUGGCGUCACCAACACUACGUGGGACACAGAUUUCGAGCCCCCAACAAGCCGUAGUCGCUCCAGAUCAGCGGGUAUAUCUAUUGUUCAGCAACAGAAAUACAUUGAGCUCUUCCUUGUUGCUGAUAACCGUGAGUUUGUGAGGAUGAAACGGGAUCAAACGGAGCUGAGGAAGAGGAUAUUUGAAAUUGUCAACUUUGUCAACAUGGUAUACAAGCCCCUGAGGACAUUCAUUGCUCUUGUUGGUUUGGAGAUCUGGUCAAAUGGUGACUUAAUCUCCAUCACCCCUCCGGCCGGAGCUAACCUCAAUGCUUUCAUGAAGUGGCGGAAUUCGGUGCUGAUCAAAAGAAAAAAACACGACAAUGCACAUCUUAUCAGUGGUAUUGACUUUGAAGGAGCCACUGUGGGCCUGGCUUACAUUGGGACUCUCUGUUCAGACCACUCUGUUGGGGUAGUGCAGGACCACAAUAAUCGGGCCAUCGCUGUGGGGGCCACACUGGCACAUGAGAUGGGCCAUAAUCUGGGCAUGAAUCAUGAUGACUCCAGUGCAUGUGCCUGUUCUGGUGAAAGCUGCAUUAUGGCUGCAGCCCUCAGCUACGACAUCCCACGCUCAUUCAGCAGCUGCAGCAGCAGUUUUUUUGAGAGAUACUUGACCAGCCGCACCCCAGAAUGUCUGCUGGACGAGCCUAACUACUUGAGUCUGGUGACUCCCUCGGUCUGCGGCAACGGUUUCGUUGAGAAAGGCGAGCAGUGCGACUGCGGCACUGAAAAGGAGUGCACCAACCCAUGCUGCAAUGCCACCACCUGCAGUCUGAGUGAGGGCUCCCAGUGCGCAGCAGGCGAAUGCUGUGAAAAGUGUAAGAUCCUAUCUCGAUCCCGGGAGUGUCGGAGGAAGCAGGAUGAGUGUGAUCUAGCAGAGUACUGCGACGGAGAGAGCGCCGUCUGCCCAGAAAAUGUCUUCAACGUGAACGGACUGCCGUGCGAUGAAGGUUCUGGUUUUUGCUACAAUGGCCAGUGUCCAAAAAGAUCAAGCCAAUGCAUCAAAAUGUAUGGCUCAGGUGCUGUUGAGGCGGACUCUUACUGCUACAACCAGAACACCAGAGGAACCUACUAUGCCUUCUGCAAACGUCCCUCAAAUGAUCGGCACAUCCCCUGUCAGAAAGAAGAUGUAUUUUGUGGGAAGCUCUUUUGUCACAAGGGUAAAGACAACCCAAACUACGGCCGCAUGGUGAGGGUUGGAGAAUGCAAGGCAGCAUUCUUUGCAGACUUCACCAAAGACUAUGGCCAAGUCGAAGCUGGGACCAAAUGUGGAAAGGGGAAGGUGUGCAGCCGGAAUGAAUGCGUGGAUCUUCAAACUGCUUACAGGAACACCAACUGUUCAUCAAAAUGCUCCGGGCAUGCAGUGUGCAAUCACAGAAGUGAGUGUCAGUGCGAGCCCGGCUGGUUGCCUCCUUCAUGCGAUGGCAGAGACAAGGAGUUCCGCUCCCUUUCGGACGGAGCCACUGCCGCCAUCGCCGUGACCGUUUUGCUUGUGAUUCUGGGGGUCGUCGCAAUCAUUCUGGGGCUCAUCUGGAAAAAACGACAGCGUGCCGCGUUGCCAACAGUAAGGAGGCCACCGGCUGCGGAGAACUCUGCUUUGCGUCUUAACCAAGCACAAGUCCCGCCCACGCGAGUGGAACAGGCCAGGAGGCUAAAACCCAAAGGAGCUCCACCUCCACCUCCUGCAGCAAAAAACACACCCAAGCCUGCAAGCCAAAACUACUACCAGGGAGUUCGUCAGGCUCUGAGGCCGGUCCCUCCACCAAAGGUUUGAUCAACCAUCUAACAGGAAGUGGCACACACAAAUAUUUAAGAGACUUGUCCUGCUCCCAGCAAGAGGAAAGCAGAGAAGACUUUAGUCCUUUUAUGGGAUAUUUUUAAUGCUGUCAGGACUUUUUUUUUUAUUUUUUAAAUCCUGCAAUUUCAUAUAUUUUAGAUUUUGUCACAAAAACAGAGCCAUUUAAUUGCUAGUGACUGAACUCUUUCAACACUAUUCAGUGAUUGCAAUUACAUUCCAACAUUUUAUAAAUCCAUUUUUUUAAACAAAUUUUCCCACAAGAAAUCCAAUUUAAAAACCCUGUUUCCAUAUGAGCAAAUUGUGUUAGAUGUAAAUAUAAACAGAAUACAAUGAUUUGCAAAUCCUUUCCAACCCAUAUUCAGUUGAAUGCACUACAAAAACAACAUAUUUGAUGUUCAAACUCAUAAACUUAUUUUUUUUUUUAGGAAAUAAUCAUUGUCUUAGAAUUUCAUGGCUGCAACACGUGCCAAAGAAGUUGGGAAAGGUGGCAAAAAUACUGAUAAACUUGAGGAAUGCUCAUCAAACACUUAUUUGUGUGCAGGCUAAUUGGGAACAGGUGGGUGCCAUGAUUGGGUAUAAAAACAGCUUCCCAAAUAAUGCAAAGUAAUUCACAAGAAAGGAUGGGGCGAGGUACACCCCUUUGUCCACAACUGUGUGAGCAAAUAGUCAAACAGUUUAACAACAACGUUUCUCAAAGUGCAAUUGCUAGAAAUUUAGGGAUUUCAACAUCUACGGUCCAUAAUAUCAUCAAAAGGUUCAGAGAAUCUGGAGAAAUCACUCCACGUAAGCGGCAUGGCCGAAAACUAACAUUGAAUGACCGUGACCUUUGAUCCCUCAGACGGCAUUGUAUCAAAAACCGACAUCAAUCUCUAAAGGAUAUCACCACAUGGGCUCAGGAACACUUCAGAAAACCACUGUCACUAAAUACAGUUCCUCGCUACAUCUAUAAGUGCAAGUUGAAGCUCGACUAUGCAAAGCGAAAGCCAUUUAUCAACAACAUCCAGAAACGCCGCCGGCUUCUCUGGGCCCGAGAUCAUCUAUGUUGUCUUUGUAGCAUAUUCAACUGAAUAUGGGUUGAAAAUGAUUUGCAAAUCAUUGUAUUCUGUUUAUAUUUACAUCUAACACAAUUUCCCAACUCAUAUGGAAACUGUGUAUUUGUUCCAAUAUUUACACACAUUUUUUAAUAGAUAAUAGUUAUAUUUGUACAUGUAAUGAAACACAUGAAUAAAAUGUAGAAAACAACAUUUAACAUACAUUUUAUCAUGACUGUAGACUCUUCCUUGACACAGAUAAGCGGAGAGUUUGUGUCAAAGUGCAACUUUCUUCGACCCAAUUUGUUUUUUACAACAGUAUUGUAUAUAAAAUAAACAGAGAGUGACUCACCAAA